UUUCCUUUUCGCGCUCGUUCGUCCUCAAAGUUAGGUCACCGCGGAACGGUUGUUAAUACGUACCACGGGUACUUGUUAAUCACAACAACUUCACUCAGUUCUAUUACCGUUUAAUAAUAUCAUCAGCUGGUCUGAACUUCAAGCUUGAUAAGAACUUCAAUCGUUCGGACGAAAUACGUUACCGAUCAGAACAUUCACUAUUACCUCAUCUCAACAAGACACCGCAACUCGACUCGUCCCGAGAAACAAAACUAUCCUCCUACGACACAAGCCAACAUACAAGUCAACAUGAAGCCAGCCACCCUCGCCGCCGCCCUUCUCUCGCUUUGCGCCUCCCUCGUCAGCGCCGGUGUAGUCAUCACACCCAUCAAGCCUGAGCAAGUUGUACCCAAGAAUGCAGGUGACUGCUUCUUUGGCGUGACCACUCCUCUAGGUUGCGGGUAUGCCUAUGGGCGGAAAAUGGGCUGUCCUCUCGAGGCGGAUGUGGAUGAUAAUAAGGAGGACGUUGAUCGGCGACAGGAUAGAUGGGUGAUGGGCCUUGUCUGCAUGCAGUCAUAGGAUCUCUGGGGUUUUAACCACCGGCUAUGGACAUGAAGUGAUGAUCUAUCAGGGAUCGAUGUUAUCUCGGCGGAGAACCUCGGCUUGGUCAUGUCAAUGGACAUGAGAUACAGACCGAGGGUACGGAGAAGAUACCCAUAUCUUGGAUGAACCGUGGUUGCGGCCGGAGGAGGAUGAAACCACCACCAAUUCUACGGCGACUGUGCCAUUCAAAACCAUCCUGUCUGUCCUGUCCUGUCCGUACUCGAGGAGUAAUGCGAUGUAAAUGGAUACCCAUUCGGAUCAUCCUACAGUAAAGGCACUCUGUUCGGUCUCG